AAAAUAGCGCGGGAAACCGAAACCUCCAGAUAAUCUGUAAUAAUCGCAAAUCAACACUCACACAUAGUACGCGCUCUGAUUGCGAAAAUGGAAAUAUCGACACUGCCAAUUUCUGCUUCGCACAGAGGAAAGCUGAUAUCAGCAGGCUACACUUCUCUCUCGUCUCUAUCUUCCAUAUCUCAUUCCAAGCUAGCUCAAGAUUUGAAGAUUACGGAAAACGAGGCGGUGGAGAUUCUGACAGCUUGUUCGGCAAGAAAUGGGCUGAGCAAAAUUGAGAAUGGAAGUCACGCGAUUGUGAAUGGAGCACAAACAGCAUGGGAUAUCUUGCACGAGGAAGAAUCUUCUGUAUGCAUCACCACUUCUUCCUCGGAUUUGGAUGAAAUUCUUGGCGGAGGAAUUCGUUGUAAAGAAGUUACUGAAAUUGGUGGAGUUCCGGGCAUCGGUAAAACGCAGCUUGGGAUUCAACUGGCAGUAAAUGUUCAAAUUCCAGCUGACUACGGUGGCCUUGGGGGAAAAGCGAUUUAUAUAGACACAGAAGGAAGUUUCAUGGUCGAGCGUGUUCGGCAAAUAGCUGAGGCUUGUGCCGAGGACAUGCUGGAAUACAAUAGCUUGCUGAGGAAGGAUUCUCAAGCCUGUCGAGUGGACAAACAGGCAGACUCUUUUAUGGAAAAUAUAUUCUACUUUCGCACUUGCACUUACACCGAGCAAAUUGCUGUGGUCAAGGUUGUCAUUAUUGAUAGCAUCACUUUCCACUUUCGUCAAGAUUUCGAGGACAUGGCUCUCAGGACUCGACUACUUUCAGGAAUUGCACUGAAACUGAUGAAACUAGCCAAGAAGUUUAAUUUGGCAGUAGUUCUAUUAAAUCAAGUCACCACAAAGUACUACGAAGGUUCAUUUCAGUUGACUCUAGCUCUCGGUGAUAGCUGGGCACAUGCUUCUACAAAUCGGGUCAUUCUCUACUGGAAUGGCAACGAGAGGCAUGCAUAUAUUGACAAAUCACCCUCCAUGAAAGCAGCUUCAGCUCCUUAUGCAGUGACUGGUAGAGGUAUUCGAAAUUCAUCCUCGAACUGUAAGAGAGUUAAAUUGAUGUAGGCUUUGUUUUGCUGAACGAGCCAUGAAAGUUAGUUCUUGCUUAUGGUGUAAUCAUGGAGUGUGUCUAAGAAUGCAAGAGGCAUAAUAUAAUGAGAAAAAUGGAAAGUUACUUUUUUCAUUGAUGGUGAUAAGCUUGUCUUGUGUUCUUUAGAAAAAAGAAUUGAUUUGUGACGGUCGAUCUACAUUACAGUCGGGCUGUAUAAUGUUCUUGUAGUUAUUUUUUCUUUUGUUAAAACAAAUGGAAUCCACCAAUCUAGUAAAAAUUCAACUGGGAAACACUUAGAGUUGCAG